ACCAAAAUAACAAGGGCGCUAAAAGAAUAUUGUCGCUAAAUUGUGAUUGAAUCGCCGAGCCAGUGACUGAUUGAUGUUUUAUAUCAUAGAUUUGAUACAUGCAGUCUUUUACAUAGCUAAUUUUUCAAAUGUUUUAAAAUUAUAAAUAUGUCUGCAAUAAAGGUGAACUUCGAGAUCGGACACGAAACAUCACUGCGCACGAAGAAGACCCCAGAAGGUUUUACUCAUGACUGGGAAGUCUUCUUGCGGGGACAGGAAGGUGUAGAUAUCAGCCACUUUGUUGACAAAGUGAUAUUCAACCUGCAUGAAACUUUCCCGAAACCUAAGAGAGUUGUUAAAGAACCACCAUUUUCGGUUAAGGAAUCUGGAUAUGCUGGUUUCAUGAUCCUAAUUGAAAUAUUCCUGAAAAAUAAGGAUGAACCUAAAAGAAUAACAUUCACUUAUGACUUAAAUUUAGCACAUGGUGGUGUUCUUAAGGACCGGUAUAUUUUUCAAACCCCUAAUGAUGAGUUCAGAAAGAAGUUGUUGAAAGGAGGAGGGAUACCUCUACCUAAUAACUCAUUUUAUACCAAUCCAGAUCAGGAGAAUAAAAGUCGAGACUCAUUUACUAAUGAGAAACCACUCAGUAAGUCAAAACUUUCUUCAGAUAAUGUCAAAAAACACAAAUCUAAAGAGCACAAAGAGGAACUACCACACAGAACUAGUAGUUUUGAAAACUUGUUUGGUCCACCCAUUCAGAAGCCACCUAAAGUGUCACCUGACCCUAAGAAACUUGAAAAAUCUAGUACUGUUGUUAAACCCGAUAAAAAAGAAAAAGACAAGAGCAGCUCUGAUAAGAAGUCGAAGUACGAGAAUAAAGAAUUAAAACCAGAGAAGGCUAAACUAAAAGAGGAAAAAGAGAAAAUUCGACCAGAGAAAGUCAAAAGUCACAGCAAAGAACCAGAGAGAUCUAAAGAAAAGAGCAAAAAAAGGCAAAGUGAUAGGCCACCUUCACCUGAAGUUCCUAAAAAAAGGCUUGCAGUAAGCCCUAGCAGAAAAGCAGCUAGUCCAGUGCCUCGCUCUAGCAGUGCCUCUAGCAUCAAGGAAGAAUACAAGCCCCCCAAACACAGCACAGAUCCAAUUGAACAUAAGAAACCGAAAAUUGAAGAAAAACCUUCCAAAAUAGAGGAAGUCAAACCUGAUAAAGAUCUCAAAGAAAAGAAGAAAAAGGAGAAGAAAAGUCAUGACAAGGACAAAGAAAGAAAAGAGAAAAAAGAACAUAAGAAAGAAAGUCAUAAAACUAAAGAGACUCCAAAAGAAAUCAUCAAAGAAAUGUCAAAACCUAGAGAAAUUCCAAAGGAAAAAGAAAUCAUUAAAGAACCAGUAAGAGAGAAACCUGUCAAACCUGACAAACCUAUCAAUAAGUUUUCUAUUGAGAACCUUAGGAAAAGCCCUCCACCACCAGAAAAUGAAGAGAGAUCCGAGAGUCAUAAAUCUAAAGAAAAGGGUGAAUCUGAGAGAAAACAUAAGCACAAGAAAAAAGAUAAAAAGAGGGAUGAAUCUAAGGAAAAACACAAAGAUUCUAGUAAGGAGAAAAAACACAAGCAUGACAAAAAUCGAGAAUUGCCACCAGAGAAACCAGAAGUCAUUGAGCGCAGGGAAACACCCACUUUCAAGGAAAGACCUCCCCCCGAACCAGCUUCUCCUAUAUCUCUAGAUACAGCUUCCCAGUGCAGCUCAAAGAGUGGUGUAGCAAAAAUGUCUCAUAUUGGUGCAGAGGACAUCCACAGUAGCCAUUCAGAUUCGGAAAGUUCUAUGAUUGCUGAUGAAGAAGAUACCAAAGUUAAAGCAGAAAUAGCAUCCCCAGCGAGACACAAACGUGAUCCUUCUCCGGAACCAGAGCCUGAACCAGAAUUAGAGCCUGAACCUGAGCCAGAACCGGAACCGGAACCGGAUCCAGAACCUGUUGUGGAAGCUCCUGUUCAUAAAGAAAAGGUGAAGAAACACAAGGACAAGAAAGAUAAAAAAGAAGAGAAACGACGCAAACGGAAAGCUAACGAGGAAGAAGACACAGAUAAAAGAAAACUCGCCAAAAGCGACACCGGGCCUUCUAAUCAUGAGACAGAACGCGGCGAGAGCAGCGGAUCCAUCAUUGAAACUAAAGUUCAGGACAACGGAGUAUCUAGCAGCUUAGGGGAGGAUGCGGAACCCGGAGACCUUUCCCCAGACUACAUGGUGCAACUAAAGGGCUUACAGAAGAGGAUAAUGAUGAUUAAAAACAAUGAAGAACUUGAAAGGGUUGUGAAUCUAAUAGCCGAAACUGGGAGGUAUGAGGUUACAACCCAAACAUUCGAUUUUGAUUUGUGCCUAUUAGAUCGAUCUACUGUACAGCAGCUCAUUCAACUUGUCGGAUGCUAGUUUUCACUUCAAUCUUUUAAUGUAAAUAUUAUGGCUAUAGAUAGUUCGAAGCAGUUGUACAGAGUUGUUAAAGGUAUAUGUCACUGAGCCUGAACGAUGGAAUAAGUAAGGAAACCUCAUAAUAUUUUAAUUAAUACCUUCACUCAUUCACUUGAGUUUUGAGUGCAAUACUGUAUAAAGAUACCUUUAUAAAGAUAUAAGACUGUUGAAAGAUUGUAUAAAAGUGGUAAUGCACUUAUUGUGCGUUAUUGUUGUAUUUAUUCAUUAUUAUAUAAGUUACUGAACUCAGAGGUUUUAACUAUAGUAUGUUAAUAUUUUGUCAUUAUAAGGUUAGAUAUACUUGUUUUUGUGAGGACUUUCUACAAAAAUUUAAUUAUGAUUACAUAAUAUAAUAUUGUAAAUGAAUUUUACAAUCUGCAUUUCUAAAACUUCACAUGGUUAAGUUUGUGCACAUUGUUAAUUUUAACUUCUUUUUAUAGCUCUAAAGAUUGCAUUAUUUUUGCAUUGCUUAGGUUAACUGCUGUAAUUAUUAACAGUUCCAACGAUUGGAUGUGAAGAAAUCUCACCUUGAGGGUUCUCCUUCGAAAUUAUCUGGCAGUGUUUGCUCAUAGGCCCUAGUUUUGUAAACUGAGCUUGGACACCGUUGUAAAUUAUGUUUGUUACAUAACUUAUUUUUUAAUUUAUCUAGUAUUUUAGGGAUAUAUUAAAGAGUGUAUGAUACAAA